UAUUGCCGACCCAGAUGUGUCGUUCCCGUGCGGAUUCGGUUGAUUUGGGUAAUAUGAGCUACAAGCUCUUCCUCGGAAGCUGCUUCUAGCGCCAACGACUCAAUCCUUCCUACAGGCCAAGCAUGGCUGUGGGCGCUCUACGACGACAGCAGGCGCACUCACCUUACCUUUGAAUUAUGGACGUGUCUGGAUGCGGUCAGCCGUCUGCAAUUAUCGUAAACACCGUGGAAUGGCUCCACUCCCAAUGGUUUGGCAGUUGACGUGACAAGUCAGUGAUGUCACAGAAAAUCAUCGAUUAGAAUAAACCUUUAUCUUCGAACAAUAAAAGCUCGAAACUCCAGACACAAUACUUUCCCCCACUGGAAUCCGACUAAACCUCGUCUCAGCAAGCGUUCAGAUACUCAAAAAACACCAUGAGUGACAAGCCGCAGUUCGAGCAAGGACAUUCCGUCCCGGUCCAACACCAGCAAGCCCCUGGCCUUGAGUCCAAGCUCGACCCCAAGCCGCAGCCCGAUCAUCUUCCCACUCCCGACGGCGGCUCCCAACUCUACAAGGCGGCCGGCAAGCUCGAGGGCAAGAGGGCACUUAUCACCGGAGGCGACUCAGGCAUUGGGCGUUCAAUAGCCAUUCUCUUCUCCAUGGAGGGCGCUGAUUCUUUCAUCGCCUACCUCCCGCAGGAAGAGGAGGACGCGCAACAAACGAAGAAGCUGGUGGAAGAGAAGGGCCGCAAGUGCUAUCUGCACCCGACGGAUCUUACGGAUAGGGGCAAUUGCAAGAAGUUGGUUGAAGACGCGCUGCAGAAGAUGGGUGGGAUCGACAUUCUGAUCAACAACGCGGCGUAUCAGAUGAUGGUAGAGGAUAUCAAGGAUCUGGAUGAGGAUCAGUGGAUCUAUACUUUCAACGUCAACAUCCACCCGUAUUUCUACUUAGCCAAGUACUGCCUACCUCACAUGAAGGCAGGCUCGACCAUCAUCAACAACGCAUCCAUCAACGCGUACAUUGGCCGACCAGAUCUCCUCGACUACACCUCCACGAAGGGCGCCAUCGUCUCCUUCACCCGUGGUCUCCACAAUCAGUACAUCAGCAAGGGGAUCCGCGUGAACGCCGUAGCGCCUGGGCCUGUAUGGACACCACUCAUCCCGUCCACGAUGACCGACGACGCGAUGAAGCAGUUCACAAGUCCGAUGGGCAGGCCGUCGCAGCCGAGUGAGAUUGCAGCGUGCUUUGUCUUCCUGGCCAGCGCAGAUAGCAGCUCCGUCAGCGGACAGACGAUUCAUGCCAACGGUGGUGUGGUUGUCAACGGUUAAAGGUGCAGGACGUGCGAGAUAGACUGUGGCAGGGAGUGGAGCAUUUUCGGACUCGG